AGGAAUCAAAAACUCAAUUUGUUAUUGAUGCAGUUUAUGCAUUUGCACAUGCCUUACACAAGCUUCAAAAAAAUCUCUGUUUACCAAAUGACAGUCAAAAUGAUCAAACAGCAACCGAUUUUGGAAAACGAUUACACCACCAUAACCCGUCAAUUUGGUAUCGAAAACCACUUAGCAGUGAGUCGCACGCUUGUCCCGAAAUGGCGAACUACGAUGGCAAGGAUUUUUACAACAAUUACUUGUUGAAUGUAUCAUUCAUUGAUUUAGCAGGCAGCGUUGUGAAGUUUGAUCGGCAAGGUGAUGGAUUAGCACGAUAUGAUAUACUCAAUUAUCAACGAUUGGAAAACUCGUCAGGUUAUCACUAUAAGGUAUUUCAUGUAUACUGUAUAAGCCAAAGAAUAACUAUGACAGAGAGAACCCACAUACAUAUGUAGCCUAUUUUAAAGUCAAAAUAACUUUAAUGUUUGUUGCUUUAAU